GUUCACAGGAAGCUUCGUAGCGUGCAGAGAAAUUCCUAAAAAAUGUGAUAUAUGAGUCACGGCAAAAUUACGUUUUUUUUUAUUUAGAAGAUGCGAGCUUUGGCAGUUACGAUAUGGGUUUUCAUCAACUUGAUUUUCUUCGGGAUGUGCGGUUACAUGUACCUUCUGUGGUCGCAAUACUGGAUGUACAUAGAGAAAGACCUGUAUUCCAAUUCGAACAAUUACGAGCAACAGAUUUAUUAUUACAACAGAGGAUUUCUGAUAAACGAUAGUGCGCAAAGCGAGGUGAAGACCAGGACCAAGCAUUCGGUGAAGGAUUUGCAGAACGUGACGAUAAUCAAGAAUAGCAGACCGAGGUUUCCGAACUUGCAGAGCGAAGAUUUCGUUCUGGACACGGUCAAAUAUAGAUGCUCGGAGGACGAGAGUACAAAUGAAUGUGAUAAUAAAGUGAAACAGUACAAAGAGAAGAUUCUGAACGAACUGAAGCGCGUCUUCUUAGAUGAGAGCAACGUUUUGAAGCACGCGACCGAUCAGAAUCCGUACAAUGUGCACUAUCAGGGUAUUAAAGAGAACCAUUUGAACAAAUAUAGGAACCAAUUGGUGUGCGAGUUCAAGCGCAUCCAGUUCACGGUGAUCAGAAGAUCCGAUGAACCCUUCAAAUCCAAUUACCUAAGGGAUUUGAUUCCGAAGAAGAAGUUUUUGGAUAAUAGGCAGUACAAUUCUUGCGCGGUAGUUUCGAGCGCUGGGUCUCUCACCAAUUCGAAUUUAGGUCAAUUUAUUGAUUCCCAUGAUCUGGUACUUAGAUUCAACCAUGCACCGACCGUGGGUUUCGAAAAGGACGUUGGAAGCAAGACGACUGUAAGGAUAUUGAACUCUCAGGUGGUUUCCAAAAGCGAGUUCAAGUUUCUCGAAGAUAAUUUGUACAGGAACAUCACGCUCUUAGCCUGGGAUCCAAGCAAUUAUACGUCUACCCUUGAAGACUGGUACAGUCGGCCCGAAUUCAACGUGUUCACUAAUUACGCCGCAUAUCGAAGGCAGUUCCCUAAAUCCAAGUUUUUCUUGUUGAAUCCUCGAAUCCUGUGGCAACUGUGGGAUUUUUUGCAAUCGAACUCGCCUAGCCGAUUACGUCGGAAUCCACCGUCUUCUGGUUUCUUAGGUUUGGCAGCUCUAUUACCGAGAUGCGAAUAUGUGAAUGUUUUCGAGUACAUGCCUUCAACCAGGGUAACGAAAAGAUGUCAUUAUUACGACACCAAGGAUAAUCCGGCUUGCACUUUCGGAGUUUGGCAUCCUCUAGCCGCAGAGAAGUUACUCACAUACAGUUUGAACAUCGCCAACGACACGACGACGUUCGACAGAGGAUUUAUGACUCUGUUAGGAUUCAAACGUACCAAUUGUUGAUUCUCUGUUUUUAAAUAAUACAGUAUUUAUUAAAUGUUUUCACUUCUGCCUUCUCAUUGCUAAUGUCAUUUAAU